CUCAGGGAGAAACAGAGGGAAGGUAGCUGAGACCUGACUCCUCAAGGAGCACUGUGACGGACCAUGUUGGGUGCCGUGCUCUACAUAACCAGCCAACUUUUCUCCACUGAGGGCCUCCAUCGGAAUGGCUGGACUACGGAGAGGCCGGACAUUGUGAUGGGGUGGGAAGGGAAGCCUGUGGUCCUCUUCUGCAAGUUCACUCACCUUCACGGUGGAUACGGGGGGAACAUCACUGUCAGCUGGAGGGAAGAUCAGACAAGCAAGUGGAUCCUCAAUUACACCAACUUUCCAUCGAACUAUGGGUUUGCGAAUGAGAUUCGUGAGAAUGAAGGGGAGCGUUACCAACCGAUGGGCAAUCCUCGGCAGAACGAUGCUUCCAUUAUCAUCAAAAGGCUGUGUCAACAAGAUCACCACAUGCGGUAUGUUUGUCUUGUGGAUCUGCAGGAAGAUGGGAACCAAACCUCCCAAAGCUUCUCUCAAACCCUCCUUGUGGUGACAGGUGAUGACGUCUCUGUAUCCAUGGUGAUUGGGAAGAAGGGCAGUUCAGCCACACUGCCCUGCUCCUUCAGCCCCUCGAACAGGAAGCCCAGCUCCAUCACUAUCUGCUGGAUGAAGGGGAAUCCACGGGAAGAGUCCACUGUCUUUAUUCACACCCAUCCCCACACCGAGGGCCCUCCCUACUCUGUCACUGUAAAUGGAGGAGGUCGAUAUGAGCUGGUGGGAAAACUAGACCAGGGAGACGCCUCUAUCAGAGUGAAGGGACUCAGAAUGGACGACGGCAGCGACUAUUUCUGUCAUGUUUGGGUCAAGAAUUCCACACAGGAGACCGUGACUCAGGACGUGACGGAACUGGAAGUUGUAGUCCCUGCCACCAUCCUGGAGCUGUAUGUUGCGAGCGACAAUGUAACUGGAGAAGACACUCUCGUGUGCAGGGCUGAAGGAACGCCCCCUGCAAACAUCACAUGGAUCGGCCCUGGGAACAGCUCACUGCCCGUGAACAGCAGUGAGAUGAGAGUCACGCAUGAUGCAGAGAAGCUACAGACUGUGGGCGAACUGCUUCAUCUUGGGCUGAGAAAGUGCUACAUGUGUGUGGCUGUGAAUGAACACGGGAGAGACACCAGUGAGGUCAACCUAUCCACCAAGGAUAACAGUCGGGCAAAUUUCAUCAUUGGAAUGCUGUGCCUGCUCCCUCUGAUUAAGUUCCUCCUCCUCCUGAUAACUGGGAUCAUUCUCUUCAUUAAGAUAAAAGACAGCUGAAAGAUUCAUCCAGUGCCACAAAGCCCGAUUUGAUGUGCGUCUGAGGAUCCAGACAGCUUGCAUCUGAUCUCGCUUCUGGACAUUAAUUUCUUAUACGUUGAAGGAAUGUCCCUGCUUGUUGCCGAGUUUGAAUUUAGGCUGCUUUAAUGGGCAUGCAUGGCAGUUCUGGACUAUGGAAAACACAGUGUGCACUGGAACUCAAGCUAUUCCAUGGCAACACUGCCAUUUUCACCAAUUUUAUUUGUGGUGUUAAUAAAUUUGAUUCUUCCGGAGUAUAUUGUGGAGCGUGUAAUGUUUUCUAAAUUAUGUUUUAAUUGAGCAGGGGUGUUCAAUGAAACGAUCGCAGAGCCUGCACUUGGUCUCGCUGAUAU